GCUGUGGGAACUCAGUCUUUCUUUCAUUUCCAAAACCAGACAGAUUCUUGGUUUGUGUGUGGAACUGAAUUUCUAGGAUUCAAGUCUUGAUAUCUAAAUAAUGAGCUUUCCUGACCACGACGUGCUGGGCCAGGCUUUUGAAGAUGCUCUAGAGGUGCUGCAGCAGCACUCUGACAGAGAAAUGCAGUGUCCACCAGGUUAUAAAAACUGCCUGACUGUGAUCAACCAUCACCACCACCUCCAAGCAAGUCCCAGUUACUGUGCAGCACCGUCUGUAGAGGAGCAAGGGUACAGCUGGAGAAAUGUGAUUAACAGUGCAGCGGAUUUUUAUGCAGAUGAGACUGUCUACCAUACACUGCAGAAUACUCCAGAAAGUCAAGUGAUACAUGCUGCUGCUGGCCAGCCAAAAGCAGGGAAAGGUAGAAAAAAGCUUCGACUAUUUGAAUACCUCCAUGAGUCUCUCUAUGAUCCAGCUAUGGCAAACUGCAUCCAAUGGGUGGAUAAGCCAAAUGGUGUCUUCCAGUUUGUCUCCAAAAACAAGGAGAAACUUGCAGAACUGUGGGGAGAAAGAAAGGGAAACCGCAAGAUCAUGACUUACCAGAAAAUGGCCAGAGCACUGAGGAAUUAUGGAAGAACAGGUGAAAUCAUUAAGAUCCGUAGGAAGCUGACAUACCAGUUCAGUGCUGUUGUUUUAAAGAGACUUGCUCCAGCUUAUUUCUUGGGAAAAGAAACAAUUCAUCAUCCCUACAUUCAGUCUAAUCAAGAGUAUCAGUGUGCAGAUGACUGGACCAGUUACAAUAAUUACAUGUACAACAAUGGUUAUGCAUUACAGCAUGCUAACAGCUAGACUUGCCUGUCACAUGAACAGGCCUUUGUUAUCCAGCAAUGCUUUCCAGCACAGAAACUCUUCCCUCUACAUAGCUUUUCCUUUAAGAUAUCAUACAAACACAUGAAGAGGAAGGCUUAAAAAAUUAUAUUGACUAUUUUUUUUCUUUUGAAGUUAGUGAUAAACAGUCAUUGCCUCUUGAAGAAAUCUAGCAGCUAUAGAACACAUUCUAUUCUCCAUGAUGCUAGUCGAAGGAAUUACUGUAGUUUCAGGCUGAUGUAUUCAAGAAUAGGAUCAAGGCUUUUGUCUGUUAGUGGACAUGGAAGAUCCCAUUGUGACCACACUCACUCUAAGUUUUAUGCAUAUCUACAAUCAGAAUUUAGGUGAUGUUGUACCAUGAUUGCUGCAUCCCUAAGAUGGAAAGGGAAGAGAUUUGCCAACUGCAUGACUGCUGUCUUCUUUUUUCACCAAUGUUCUGUAUAAAAGGACAUUUUCUGAGUGAGUGCCUGGCUGACUGAUAGAGUCCACAGGAGGGUGCACCUGUUGACCAAGCUGUUAAUCCUUAAUCACUUAAAUUAACAUAUCUUAGCACAGAUCCUGACAUGUGGUAAUAGUAUUGCCAGGUGCACAUUUUGCUGUUGGCAGUGGAUUCAUUGGGACCAUGAGAGAGCUAAUAAAGGAUUUGUGCUUUUGA